UUAUAAUCGCUGUUUCGCACUCUCCUUACGUGAUUUUUUUCCCCAACUUUUCAGUUUUAAGUUGUACUUGUUAUGCUAAGAUACUGAAAGAAAAAGAGUAAAACAGUGAAGGUGCGUAGGGUUCUUAAUCCAGAGAAGGCUAAGAUUGUAAGUUUACAAGGAAGAAACUAACUUCACUUGAGGCAAAAAUGAGACUUUUCAAAGAGAACGGAAACAAAAACGUAUCCCUGUUGGACUCACCGCGCCCUCUUAUUUACAUAGGUCAUGUUACUAAGUAUUAUGUAGUUCUUAAGAACUCGUUGAAAGGUAUCUGUGCGUUCCAGUUUGAAUUGGAAUUUGGAAAUGCUGGCUUUUAAGGAGAAGGGAAAACCGGAGUACCCGGAGAAAAACCUCUCGGAGCAAAGGAGAGAACCAACAACAAACUCAACCCACAUGUGGCGUCGACGCCAGGAUUCGAACCCGGGUCACACUGGUGGCAGGCGAGUGCUCUCACAACUGCGCCACCCUUGCUCCCCCAAGGUCACAAAUUUCCCUGUGCACACCGCGAUCCCUGUGUCGGGAGCUUUCUUGCAAUCAAAACACUAAGGGGCCUCCCACUUGCUCGUGUUGAAAUUUAUGUUUUGGUGCCAUUGUUCACUCUCUUUGACCUCUUUUGUUAUAGAUUCUGUAGACAGGGGUGCUGUUCCUCGCAUGCCUUGGCAUGAUGUUGGAAUGCGAACAUUUGGUGCGUCAGCCAGGGAUGUGGCCAGACAUUUCAUCCUCAGAUGGAAUGCCACUAAGGUAAUUCGGUGCUUUCGGAAACUAAAAUUCUGUGUAAAAAUUGGAGGCGACUUACAUUGACAAGCUUAAGAUUGAGAGCGCCACUGGUGGAGCUGAAUGCUUGGACUAGCCUAUCUAAUGUUCGUCAGAUUAAAUGCUCUUUCACCACAACUAUAACCUGCGCUCAGGUUGUUGGAUACGUCAGCCAUGUGAUGUCAGCAUCCGUCAGCAAUCCUUUUCAGAACUAUACUAACUUACACGACCAUCUACACAAGAAAUUUUGAUAUUCUUAGCUUAUAGCUUCUUAAGAUACAGUUAAACCUGUAUUAAGUGUGCGUUUGCGCAACCCAUCCGUGUGUCCGCUUAUUGGUAGAAUUGUGGGCGAAAUACAAGUUUGUUUUACAGAAAGUUUGAGAGGAAAAGUAUUGGACUUAAUUGUUGGCUUCACACUAGAGCUUUCAAGAAUACUGUCUUCCUGAGCGCAAAGGCCUCAAGGUUUUAGCUUUUUUGGCGAGCAAUCGUGGUUCUACCGCGAAAGAUGAUUGACAGCUUGCACUUAAAGCAAUAUACUUUGGCAACCAGUGUGGAGCCAUAAGUUUUCUACAGAGCCAAUUAAGAUUUUCAAGUGCACUUGAAUCAAGUACUUACUUGAAACUAACUUAGCUUCUUGUGUGAAGCCAACAAACAUUAGGUCCGUCCAUUUCACUUACGUUUGUUUCCGUUUACAGGUAGAAAAAGUGAAAAUUUAUCCUGACAUUCCUUACGUGCUGCCCAAAUCUUACUCCAAACUGGCAGCUGACAGACCGACAAUAUCUGAAAAUGUUAAAACGGUGGAGUGCCAGGUAACUGAAGAACCUGCUAGUACAAUGGGUUUCUCGGAAAGAUGUUAAUUCAAUCCCAGGUUUACCGUCGAAAUUUUAAUCAAAACUUCCCUCCUCUAGAAACUUGUAUUUGGGGCUAUAGAAUAUUAUCGAUCUUUUACGCAGAGACCAAACUACGUUAACCCAAAAUGAUGGACCAUAACUGUAACAGUCAAUGAGAAAGUUAACACAGACAAAUUAAAAAAAUCGUAGGUUGAUUAUCGCUUACCGUAAAAACAGCCUAGUCCCUAGGCGUUCUCUCUUUCCCCAUUGUCCGCGCGAAGUGUGGGAAAGAGCGGCGAGUAUCUCUCGGUGACGUUACAGCUCACGGUAGAGUCCAGGAUUGACCGAGCCGAGAACGCCCAGGGACCAGGCUGCCGUAAAAACCCUACAAAGGUAGCGACUGUUAACUGUUGUUAUUAACUGUUGUCAUGAGUACAAGUUUGCUUCAGGGGUUAGGGUUAGUUUAAGUUUCGGUUUAGUUUAGGUUUUAGUUUAAGUUUAAGUUUAAGUUUAAGUUUAAGUUUAAGUUUUUAGUUUAGGUUAGUCAAGUUUUUCAACUUGACUAUAGGGAUAGUUCACAGCUGUGAUUUUUUUUCUUUUGUUUUUGUUUGGAUGACAUUCGCGGUCAUCAUCGUUGUCAAAUGUCGUCUAGCACUUGGAUGUAUUUUAUUUCGUGGACAGCAAGGACUAAAAAAAUGUUUGUGGAAAUAUAAAGAAUUUCUUUGAAAAAUGUCGCCGACAUGUCUGAGUCUUUUCAUUGUCGUAAACCGUUUAGAACUUUCUUAAGUUGGGAAAAGUGUAAAGUAAAUUUUAGAAUACAGAAAAACUAUCAAACUUUCAGCGGACUUUGGCAAAUCAAAGUUUUCUUGUUUGAACGAGGUUAAUCACAGCCCAAGUGUGACUUGAAAAUCCUUCAUUGAGUUCAGUUACUUUCGAUAAUUAUUACUUAUUUCUCUGUUAGAUUCUACGCUCCUUGUGUGAAUGGUCAGGAGGUGUUCCAAAAGAAAGCUCCAUACAUGAAGCUUACAUCAAGGCAAUUGAGGAAUCUCAGCAUUAUAUUUACAUUGAGGUAAAUUCUUUUCGCUUUUUAUCCCGCUAGACUUGGGCAAGUUUUAGCAUAAUUUUUAGGAUCGAAAGAGACUUGUACUUUUCAAAGACUAAAGCCCCAUUCACACCGAAUCUUAAACAUGUUUAAAGGCUGUUUAGUGAAACACGGUUUGAAUUUUCUUUCCUUCAUAAAAGCUGCUAACUAACUUAAGUUGAUUGCAGAUUUAGUGCAAAUUACAAAACAUGUUGAAUUUCAUUUGAAUCCUAUGUGAAACUCUGUGUUGCAGUUUUCCAUGUCUGUUGUUUAUUUUUUAAAACUUGGUUUAAUUAGGCAUGUUUAGUUGGUGUGAAUGAGGCAUUUAAGACUGGGAAUAACGUUUUAAAGGAGGCUAACAUUAUGGAAAUUUCAUUGAACACGUUUGCACAACGUAAUUUGCCUGAUGAUUCUCCACUGCAUUCCUAUCAUCGCCACACCGACCCUCGUAUGCUCUGUAUUAUUUUGCGUACUUUCCUUUUUCCUCCCUCUUAUAUAUUUCAUACUUUAUAUAUUUCUUGUUUUUUCUCUUUUAUCCUAAAUAAAACUUUUAUUUAAUCAAAGGGCAUUUAAUUAGUUUCACUUGCCCUUCUCCAUUCAUUCUUGUAAUCCCAUAUUUAAAUCUUAAGAAUAAUAUCUUCAAAUCUGUAAUAUAAUAUAAAUGGCCUGUAAUAAAGAAUAAAUGGAGAAAAUAAAUAAAAAAUAUAUAGUUCCAGUCCCCUCCGCUGAGUACCAAUCAUGAGAGCCUUAUGCGGGGUGCAAGUUAACGUAUAGCCGUUCCAAACUCCCUUGAGGAACAAUUGGUCCUGGUACAACAAAUGUCGAAAGGAACCAAUUAACUAACUCUGCGAACUGUAAUAAUCAAUUUGAUAGGAGUGAGUGAAGUUAAUUGAAUGGUGGGCCUUCAUUUCUUCAUUAUAUUUCUGCUCAUCUUUGUUUUACUUGCAGAACCAGUUCUUUAUUACGUCUCUCUUCGUCGACAAUGUGAAGAAUGAGAUCGGUGAGAAUCUUCUUAGGCGGAUAGAAAGGGCGCACAGGUUGGUCUGAAUAUUUUCUUCCUUUUUCACUCGCAGUUUUUACUCUUGGUGAGUUUAGAAGAUAGUUUGACGAUUUUCUUUUCACCGUUUUCUAACCAUAAAUGUUAUUUACAUCUAUAUUUAUUGCUGCGGAGCGACCGAAGGGAGCGAGCAGCAACAUAAUCAGGAUUUAAAGGAAAUAUAUAAGGGACGACGAAUUCUCGAAUUCAUCACUUUUUACCACAAUGCAUUGCAUUUAACCACACUUUUAACCACAAUGCGUUGCAUUUAACCAGAGUGCAUUGCGCCACGAACAACUCAAAUAAAAACACGGGGAAGUUCGGUGAGUGAGAGAGUGCAUCGUUCGCUGCUCAGACUUAGAGUUUUCUUUGUGGCAAAUUUUCUACAGCACGGUUAGAGGUCUUACCAAAUUUUAAGACACGCAGGAGUCUUUCAGAUGAGUACGAUCGUUAACUUGGGGAUUGGAUUUCAAUUCAAGAGCCUUUGACUCGUCCAGGUGUUAAACCUGACUAGAAGAUGAGCAUUUGCUCUUCGACUCCGCAACACGGGGGAUAUACAAAUUCCAGCUUGCUAGAAGGUGAUGUGAAAGUGAGAAAAUGUCAUGCAGUGCUAUUCUUAAGAAACUGUAUGAGGCGAAAAUGGAUGUGAUUUUGACCAUUCGCUUCAAAAUAACAGCGGAAAUCGAGACAACAAAACAUAUGUUUUGUGUCCAACUUUGCAGACGAGGACGUGUAUCGGCGUUUUGAAAAGCAUAAUUAUGUUCUUUCAUUCAUGAAAUGCGUUUACAUUGUUUUUUCACUGUUAAUAGCUCGGUUAAUGCGGCUGGCGAUCAUCUUGCCGGCGGAAGUUUCAUGGAAAAGGAAUAAAUCAAGACUUUUCUUAAGGAUUACGUAAUUAGCCUCCGUGGUGUAGUGGUUAGGUGUAGUCGCGUCGAGCCGAAGGUUCAGGGUUCGAGUCCUGCCGAAUUCUAUAUUCCCCAUUUCUUUUUUUUUUUCCGUUUUUUCUGUUGUUGUUUUCUAUAAAUAUAUAGCUAAAUAACUGUUACUUAAUAAAGUGCAACAAACAGCAAGAAAAGUAUUGUGUUUCCAGAGAAAAUAUCGUGCACAGUAUAUUAAAUAUAUGGAUAAACAAUCUGAAUUUCUAUUAUUUCCUACAAUUUCCUGUGGGAAAACCAGAGUUAUAACCACUUGAUCAUUUUCUAAACAACGUUCCCACGAGUUCUUUCUAUAGACUGAUAGUAAUUAUUCUAGUACUUAAUUCCAACAUGUAAAUAGGACAUUCAACAUCAUUUUCGAUUCUUUUAGUCUCACUGCCUAACUAAUGCCAGUAUCAACAGAAUGUGCCGCAGCAUUACUAUCUUUUAGAUACCCUAGUUUUUGAUUAGCUUCUCAACAAUUAUACUAUUGCUAGAAUGUUACUAUAUAUUUUUCUCUUCGUUGCUUGCAGAGAAGCGAAAAAUUUUAAAGUUAUAGUCGUCAUGCCACUGUUGCCCGCUUUUGAAGGUAGGUCAUUCUUCAACCAAAAAAGUUAUGUGCGCAUAUCAGGUUGCUGUAAAAGUUAGAUCGUGAACAACUGUUCAUACUCUAACUUAGGACGAGUGCCCUCUCUCUCCAGUGCCUCCCGGGUAUAAUUUUUCAAGGGAAAAUAGAAUGUAUAAGGUAAAGACAACGCUAUCGCUGUGUCAUUUCCAUUUCCGAGUUCCAAAAACUCUGACUUUCAAAAAGAGGCUAAAUGCAAAUUUAACCUUUGUUGUGGAAAUGAGAUUUAUUCAGCAUGAGAAUAAAUAUAUAAUCAUCCUCGUAUCAAUAGGCCAUUUGCAUGAUGACCUCUUUUUACUACUAAGACCAGAAUUCACUUCGUUUUUUUCUUUCAUAUUUAAAUCUGGUAAUCCCAGCGAGGUUAAAAUAACAAAAGCCCUAAUUUGCACAAGAAAGGAAUGUACUGAAGGAUUCUGGUAGUAUUAGUAAAAUGACUCCAUUUUUUAAUGGCCUAUUGCUUUGCACUUAGCCUCGCUUUGAAACAGAGGCUUGACGUACCUCGGAAUGACCUAUUUACUGCCGUGGUUGUUUUCUUGCAGGUGAAAUAGGGACAGCAAGUGGUCGAUCGAUUGGCGCUAUCACUCACUGGAAUUAUCGGUCAAUUUGUCGUGCUUCCCACUCCCUGCUGGAGAGACUCAAUGAGCGUGGUAAUUAUAGCGAGUAUCCUAGAGCAAGAUAUAAAACGAUGUCUGUUUACUUUCAGUUUCAAACCAAUAGAGAGGACAAGUGUGACGUCACGUUACCAUAGUAGCAAAAUUUCUGGAUCACAACAGUAGGGAGCUUAAGCAACGACGACGGCGACGUCAACGAGAACGGCAAAGCAAUAUGUUUCGAUUGUCAAAACAAUAACUUUGUACGUGCUCGUUCAUCUAGCCUCAACAGCCGACAUUUGGCGACGCUACCACUGGUUUCUCCGCCAAAUAACGUCUGAGAAACGAGAGCAGAAAUUCCAUACUGAUGAAGCGUCACAACCCAGAUCUGGGUAGUGCUUCUGAUUGGUCGGGCCGCGUGGGAAAUUUUAUUCAACCAAUCAGAAGUACUACCCAGAUCUGGGUAGUGCUUCUGAUUGGUCGGGCCGCGUGGGAAAUUUGAUUCAACCAGUCAGAAUCACUACCUAGAUCUGGCUAGUGACCCGUUAUCAGUAUGGAAUUUCUGCGCUCGUUUCUCAAACGUCAUUUGGCGGGAAAACUAGUGGUAGCGUCGCCAAAUGUCGGCUGUUUUCUCAGGCUAUCGUGUAUCACUCUUUUUUAUACACUUCCUACCGUCGUUGCACGACUGCGACAUGAAACUUCCUAAUUUAACGCGCCCGCUUUAUGGAGUAGGUUGAACGCAACACAAAAAUUUCUUUUUCCAAAUUUAGAUACGGUCCUUUCGGAUUCAACCCAGAAAAUCGCCAACGUUUGACAGAUUGAAUGAGAUUGAAUAAGAUCGAUAAAGUUUGAUUCUGUGCGACUUCGUUUUAAGUGAAGUUUUCAGUUUGUUGUCAUCCAGAAAUUUUGCUAGCAUGGCGACUUGACGUAACGUCUUCUCUUCUCUAUCGAGUUAUGAAUGUUCUGAAUGAUUUUGAUUGUCCUUAAAAAAACGUUAUAAAGUAUCACCAGUCAUUUGAAAUCUGUAGACCUUUAGAGACUGUGGAAGAAAUUCCUUAGUGUAUAUGAAAAUAGAUGUGGUAUUUUUGUGCUUUCACUUUGACCUUGGGCAACUUUGGGUUUUUAAAGUGCUGAUGCGGGUUGUAUUUCUCAUAGUGUUUUAUUUGGAAAUAGGAGAUGGAAAGGAAAGAUAAAGGCUAUUUAGUAUUUGGAAACACUAUCAACUCUUUAAGCCCUAAGAGCGAUAAGCAUCAAAUUUCUCCUCAUUAUUUCCGGCUAUGCUUUAUAAAAACAGACUGGUCAUUAGAAAUAAAGACAUGACCAAACGAGAUAAAGUUACUUGACAGUUUCAACAACUUCUUCCCACUACAUCCAUAGGAAGUGAACAAGGGAAACAAUUGAGAAUGCAAAUUUCCAUCUAGGAAUUGAAAGGAUUGCGUGUGCAUACUUUGCAAUCCUUUUGUGAUUUUAUUUUAUUGCUUCUCUCAGUUGGCGAUCCUUCCAAGUACAUAUCUUUCUAUGGACUAAGGACUCAUUCAGAAAUUCAUGGAAAGCCUGUAAGUUUCAAGUAUUCUGAAUGGCUAGCACCAUUUCCUCGCGGGAGCAGGGGUGGCGCAGUGGUGAGAGCACUCGCCUCCCAUAAAUGUUGCCCGGGUUCAAAUCCCGGCGUAGACGGCAUAUGUGGGUUGCGUUUGUUGUCGGUUCUCUUCCUUGCUCCGAGAGGUUUUAUUCCGGUUUUCCCUUCUCCUCAAAAACCAACUUUUUCAAAUUUCACUUCUGCCAGGAAUCAGGUAGACGAAGAACUACUCACCUCUAAAUCGUUAUCAGUUUAUGUCAAGAUUUUUAUAUUUAUUUAUUCUUUUUUUGUUUUGUUUUUGUCCCCUUUUUGUGCACAUGGAGCCUUAACUCAUAGGGAAUUAUACUUUGUUCUAAAGGUAACAGAGAUGGUUUAUGUUCACAGCAAGAUGAUGAUUGUUGAUGACAACACAGUUAUCAUAGGUUCAGGUAUAGUUUAUAAGUACGUUCCUUGUCCCCUAUAUACAAAAGUACCCCGCUCGGUAGAUGGACAUUAUCGCCUAAUGAAGACCUGCAGUGCGCGCUCAAAACGUCGCGAUCAUUUCUUGUGACUAUCAUAAGACAAACGGUAAACGAACCCUUUGUACACAUACCACGGUGAAAAAAUCUCAGUUCAUGACAAAAAAGCCGAUGUAUUUUAAGUUUUUUUUUUAUAUUUUAUUUUGUUACAUUUUAAUUAGGUCUAGAAAAAAAGCAAAGGGGUGAAUUUUAUGUCACAUAAUAUCUUUGGUUUAUGUCCCAGUACAAAGAUUUUUUAUGAACAUGAAGUUUGGGGUGCAGGCCCUAUUUUCAUCUUUUGUCAUGUAGGAGACGAAAAAAGUGAGAAAAUCACGAUACUCAUGCGCGAGUCUUGCACACUGAACACGCCUGGCGCGCCGUACUUUAACACCUGUUUGGUAAUUGACUUCCCAGUCUUCUUCAUAACCGGACUACUCCCCCAUUUUGCAUCCCUGUGUCCUGCGCGUUAUAAAGACGACAGAAUGAGGACGAGUCAGUCAUCAGUAGGUUUUGACUCUUGCAUGCCCAUUCAGAUCUUUUGUUUGCUUUAAGAAAGGUCCCAUGCAGGCAGCUCCAACCAACACAAAAGAGGAAACGCUGUAUUCCAACAUGAACUACUUUUUGCUCUUUUGCAGCAAACAUCAAUGAUCGUAGUAUGCUGGGAAAAAGAGAUUCGGAAAUAGCUGCUAUCAUAAAGGACAAAGAAUUCGUAAGUAUCUUUUGGGAUCUAAUGGUAUUCAGCAUCUAUUUGCUGCUGUAAUGAUCGCUAAACUAAGACAGAUAAUAAAUAUGUUACUAAAGAACGGUGUAGCGAACAUGCAUUUUGAUAUAAGGAAUAAAGCGGUUUCACACACCUGUCUACGAUUUUUAAAAGGAUUUUUUUCGUAGUACCCCAUUAUUUUUGGAGGGCAAAGUAGAGGGAGUAUCCACUUUGAUCAUCCGUUUCUUCAACGAUUUAAAAGAAAUUUGGACACCAGAAGACGUCGGUAAUAAUUCUGUUCACGACAUCCAGCCGAAAUAUUCGCGUGGAAAAAUGAGAAGGUAUUCUGAUAUUCCAGUAUUCAUACAGGCCUAGUAAGCACAAAGUUAUGGUAAUUGGGACUGAAUUUAACCGCUGCAUGAGUUGUUCGAUGUUUAUUGUUUGUUUGAGAAUAGGUGCCGUCUAUGAUGGAUGGUGAGGAGUAUCAAGCAGGCCAGUUUGCUUUCAGCUUAAGAACAAGACUCUUCAGGUACCAUGCACACUACAUUAGAGAGAUUAAGCAUCGCAUUUAAGGCCGUUUGCCCUAAACGCGAUGCUUAAUCUCUCUAUUCGGUAACGAUGAUACAGCUAUAAUCCCAACUGCUUGCGUGCAGACGCUUUCUAUUUCCUUUGUCUUGCAGAAAAGGUCCCUUUUUCACGAGCAACAAAGGAAGUAGGAGAUGUCUUCAUGUGCGCUUUUACUCCCAAAAAUUAGAUUUAAAGUCACCAUGCAUAGCCUUCUACACAGGCGCUCUUAGGAAAGUCUAAUUUCCUCGGUUCUCCCCAGCGAGUCAAAAUAAUAGUCCUAAAUAACUAACCGGAAACAAGGGGAGACACAAUGCAUUUUCGAUUUGCUUUUGCCGUUGCUUGAACUGAAAUAUCAUCAGUACGUACUUUGCACUCACUUGUGACGGAAACUGGUAUUUAAUAUUUCAUUGUUUGGCUUUGUUUUUGUUUAGAGAGCACCUGGGUUUAUUGGACUCUCCUUCAGAUGAAGACAUCAGAGAUGUCGUUUCAGACAGUUUCUACAUGGUAAGCUCUACAAACCUUUCGUAAAGUUGAUUACGGUCUCUAAAACUUGCAUGAGGAACGUUAAGGAACGUAUCUAAGCAAUUUUGGUAAGUGUAAGGCACUUUGCGAGAAGAAUUGGUUAGCAAACUGACUUGUAGACUACGAGUAGUUCCCAUUUUUCCUCGGGGAUAGUAGAGCGAGCGAAACGAGAGCGCGCGUGAAAAUUACCCCACGCGAGAAAGGCGAGACGCGGCUGAGACAGACCGCCGCGUCUCGCCUUUCUCGCGCGGAGUGAUUUUCACACGCGCUCGCGUUUCGUUGGCUCUACUAUCUGGUCGGAAGAUACGUAUUAGGUGUGAGUGACCGCGAUUGCCGCCAGUCCAGGCCUUGACGAUAUUCAUUGUUUGUAUCAAAUUUGCUUUUUUAAUUUUGUCUUUUUCUCCCUUACAAAUGCAGGAUCUCUGGAUGAAAACGGCAAAGAAAAACACUGAAAUUUAUGACGAGGUGAGAAGCAAAUGCGAUCCAACUUCCCGUUGUCCGGGAGAUCACGGGUUUGAAUGCCUUCAUUUCUUGGCACACGCUAGUGACGCGAUAAAAAUGCAUUUUCCUCAAUUUAUCACUAAGCUGAAAUAUUCUUCAUGGGAUCCUCAUUUAACACCCUGUAGAUCCUGUCGACAUUGUAGCCGGUAAAUGACGUAGACUGCUAAGGCGUCCUUCUCAUUCCGCACCACUCCCCACUCAGUAACUCGAGGCCUGUAACAGCUCGGAAAGCCUGGAGACAAGGGAGAAGCGCGAGAGGGGCAUGAUGGGAAUGCGUGCAAUACGCCACUUGCACAUCUCCCAUGAUGGACCUUAUUUGACGCCCAAAAUUUUGCAUAACCUUUGUUUUUCACUUCUCCUGAGUAUUACAGUCGUCCCAAGAGAGACUGAAAACAAUGCUUAUGCAAAACUUUGGGGCGCAAAUAAGGUGCAUUAUGGAUGUGCAAGUGGCGAAUCAACUCAAAUAUCCCCCAAAAAGUUAUCGCGAGCGACUGGGGACGAGGCAGCAUUUUGUAAUUCUCUCUCAUGCUAACUUCACCCGUGUUAAAAUCAUUUAAUAGGUUUUAUCUGUUUGACAGAUGUCUUCGUCUUUGGCAAAUUUCGCUAUAUUUAUCAUUGCAGGUUUUUCACUGCAUUCCAACAGAUAAAGUUCGCUCGUUGUCUGAUCUAAACACUUACAAGGUAAGAGGGGGGAAAGGCUUUUUAGCGCAAAAUUAUCACUCCGAUUUCACAAAGGCCUUUCUCCGUGAUGAGGGCGUUUGCCUUUCAUGAGACCCUUUACAUCACAUGUGGCCGCGCGAGGAAGUACCAAAAAAGUAUCCCGCGCAAAAUAAUACCGCUAGCCGGUGGCUACGCAGGCGACAUCUCCAUCAUAUCUCAAAUUUAUUUCCGUGACGCUUACUGUGCGUCACAUGCGUCGACUGGUGCUUAGUACUCACUAAAAUGUUUCAUGCAGAAACAAAGUCGUACUUGGUCUUCAGUUUAAGUAAUGAUCGUGAUGAGAAGGGAAGCGAUUUCUUUUGCUAUGGCGCAAUAGGCUGUCCUCGCUUAGCAGAGUCUUCAUUUUUAUGCAGAGAAUGCGUAAACCUACAAAAAUGCAGUCUACGAAAAUAAAGUGUAGAAACUCCAUUUUUAAUAGGUGUUUUUUUGUGUUAAAGGAUUUCAACCAAUCAUAAGAGUUGAAAAUAAUAGCCAAGAAAAGUUUACAGUUUUACAUGUUCCUCACAUAGGAUUUCUGUGUUACUUAGACUCAGAAGAGAUUCUGUUAUAAGGAAGUUGGUUAGAAAAACAAGGGAUUGAUAUACAUGCUGCUUUUGAGAAGAUUUCGUAAAAUUUGAUGUUUAAACCAAUCAGAAGUGUAGUAGAGACAAUAGUGAAGAUAGCACCUUUUUGCAUUCCGAGGUGUUCAUUGCGUGUGGUUCUUCCUCUUAUCUUAACCGUUACUUAAACGGUACAUUCAUAACUGUUUUUAGAAUCUUAGACGACUUGCUGUUGAGGACCCAGGAGAAGCACGGGCUCGCCUGAGAGAUGUCAGAGGGUACCUAGUUGAGCAACCCCUUUACUUUCUGGAGAAAGAGAACCUCCGACCUCCGAUAGGCUCCUCGGAAUUUUUUGUGUCAGAUGAAGUGUUUACGUGAAUGUCAUCAUGAAGGAGGGUCACGUGUUGAUUCAACGCUUCUCAAGAAUCAUGUCGAUGGGAAAUGAGGGAAACUUCUAUUUAUUAAGUAUUGUAUUUAGUUUGCGCUACACUGUCUACAAAUGAGGAACUACCUGCAGUAGUCUUAUCCGUAACAAAUUCAAGAGAUGUAUGGUUUCGUUUUGAUCAGAGGAAAUUGAAAAGUAAUCAUAGCCCAGUAGCCAUUAUUUCUUUGGUGCAAUGAAACUGAUCUCCUUGCGGGACCUCAGUUAAAGAACUGGGAAAAUGUGUUCGGUUUGCUGUUUAAGCACGAAUAGUGAUGAUUUAACUAAAUUCUUCUCAUAAGUUAAAUGCUUAUUCACUAUCAGGGAGGUCAGAGAAAAUAAGGAUACGAUCACACAUGAUCAGUGUUUCACGAUAUUUUUAACAAAUUCUCUCUACUAUUCCUCUAGGAACCGUAUUUAAUGUAAUUUUACAAAACUUCCUCUGUAAUUGUUCAGGAUUAUUUAAAAAUGUUGGCCUGUCAGAGUUUGCCACAUUCAUUUUACGUAAUGAUACUCUCAAAACUAAAGUAGGUAACUAUGAUAACCGAGAUCUAAAUGAGAAAGCUAGAAAUGUGUUAUCCGAGGUUGAGAGUUUUUUAGUAAUUAAGCACAUAUAAGUUCAGCACAACAGACAUGAUGAAUUAUAAGCCAAGACUAGAAGGGCGAUGAUUGUUUAGAUAUAAAGAUUGAUUGACUCAUAAGAGUUACAAUUUUUUGACGGGAGGAGUAGAAAAGUAAACAACAGUUAAUUAUGGUCGAGGCAAAUUACGUUCCGAUAUUUUCUUCUUUUAGGCCUCAUCUAGCCAGCGCCACAGACGAAACUAAACUCUGGUUAAGUCCGUCUGCGAAGCAACCUCGUUCCCAGGGUUCUCACGUUCUGGGCCUCUACUUGAGUACACGCUAUGAUUGGCCUGUUAAGAAAGGCAUCGCCUGUUUGCCAAAUCAAGUUGAAAAGAAAUUCGAAAGCUACUUCCGGUAACUCGUUGAGUUCGUUGGGAGCCCAGAAAAAGGACCUAGGCGCUGCCUUUUUCCCUUACGCAAACGGUCGCUGCCACCAUUUGUAACGAAGUCUUAAGUCAUGAUAGAUGGAUUAUUUUCCCUGGAUUAAGUUACAAUAAGGCAAAUAAUACGCUUUUGAACAGUCUUAGGAAUAACGACGUUGAAGCCGAAGUUGAAUUUACGUUAAAGUUAUAGAAAGGGCGAGGGGCACCUGUUAUUGAUGUAGCAGUUAAGAAAGACAGUUUGCUAGUGUGUGUACUUUAAUACGGAAUUUUGGCGAGUCGGUGUGGUAGUGUAGUGGUAAGGGAGAGAGAUAAGGAUACGAAAGGCCAGGGUUUAAUUGACCCUGGGUUGCGAUUUUCUUUCUUUUUAAUAGAAACACUCUCAAUAACAGGUCCAAAAUUUUCCAAGUGUCUUAAGAAUGGCAGCGACCGUUGACGAAAAGGACAACUGCCUCAGCGUUGCUUCGCAGACGUUACUAACCGGGGUUAAAUUACGUCGCGACGCAGGCUAGGCGUAAGCAGACUUUUACUCGUUGCGUUUGCUUUUAGAAUGGUACAGUUAUUUGUACUAAUUUCUUUUUAUUUUACCUUGAUUUACCUCUGCCGUGGUCCAGUGGCGGUCGAUAAGGAAGGCCUAUGUCCAACGACGGACAUUCCACGACCAAAACUGAAUUUGCUCAAAGUUGUUUUACUGUGAAACCUGUGUCAAGUUGACGCCAUGUUUAGCGAAAACCGUGUUUUUAAAAACGAACACGAACGUCAAUGAGUACCAAAACGCUUUUUUUAACUCCCUCCCUCUCCCUCUCUCUUUCUUUAAAACGAACCUCGACAAAUCAGAAAAUACCAAGGAUCAGGGGCACCCAACGACCGAAUCUUUCCAAACACGUCAGAAAUGUCUAAAAUGGAUUUCCCUUUGCUUUAGAAGACUGUUUCAUUAAUUUGGAGCUGCCCUAAAAACUAUCUAUCUGCCAGGAUGUUUUAGGGGAACUUUGGUCGUCUUGAAAGUUUUAGCGGGCUUUUUCGUCUCAUCCGAAAGUUUUAGUUAUCCUGACGGGUCUUGUCAAAACUGUGAGGACGUGGAGUAGCUGUAAUUUCAUUAGGGAAUUUUAGGGGACGUUUUUCCUACCACAUAAUCGCCAAAUCUUGGUAAUAAAUGGUGAAAAAUCCACUUGAAGAUCACAGGAAAGUUAAUAGAAAUACUCCGGGUGCCCCUCCCAGGAUCUUAUGCGCAACGCACGGCUUAAUGCAGGUUUCGUUUUAUUUGUUUUACUCGAUAAUCAUAUAGGAGAAGGGUAUUAGAAGUAAAAUAGUUUUCAGCAGUUGAAAAUUGAUAAGAGGGUAGUUUUAUAUCAUUUUAUUUAUUUCAUAACGUCAAAUGCGUUUGAGAAAAAACGAAAAGAACAUUUUGAUGAAAUUGCAUAUAAGUCAGUAAUAUAUUGGUUAGAUAUUUUUGGUCGCAGGAUAUAGUUUUAUAGAUUUUCAAGUCAUUUUUAAGGGAUCCUGUUACUGUUCAGAAUUUAAAAUUUUAAUACAAAUUUAGCUAAUAUAUGGGUGAAAUAGCCACCGGCAUUAUUUUAUCCAGUAAAUUGUUUUCUUUUAGUGAAGUAACGGCCACAGGGGCUUUCAAAACUGAACACAAUCUUUCUUUUCGCCCCUCUGACAGUAGGUCAAAAACACUCAUCUUUAGGGGACGUGCCAUGGUGUCCGUAUUACCGGGUGUCCGUAUAAAGCGGACAGUCAGAAAAAUAGGUCACAGAUGUGUUUUAUUACUAUAGACUAAAGAAGACAAAGAAGAAGAAGGGUAGGAGGAAUGAUUGCUGUAAAAAACCAAGGAAAUUAAACCUUGUUCAGUAGGAGGCAGUAAACAUCAUAUACCCUUUAAGCCCCGAUAUCCACAUAUAAAUUCUCCAUAUUGAUCUCCAUACAUUUCUUUAAAGAAUUAGUUGAGAGAGCUUGAUAACAGAUCAAAGCAUUUCCUCUUUACUGGUCAUUUUAUUAACUCUCAUAACCAUUUCUCUUGGCAACAUAUGGAUAUUGUUAGGAGAAACUUGAUGUUGGUCACUAUUGGGACUUAAAGGGUUA